GCGGACUACGACUCCCGUGCUGCCCCGCGCGGCAGGCCGGCGCGCUGAUUGGACGCCGGGGAGGCGGUGCCGCGCGCUAAUUGGCUGCGGCCGAGGUUUGAACAGGCGGAAGGCGGCGGAGCAGCAGCGCAGGCCCCGCAUCACAGAGAAGCCCCUCAGGAGAAGCCCCCGGGAUGGCCGAGAAGGACGAAAAGGAUGGGAAAGAUGGAAAUGAUGGAAGCACGGACGGCUGGGCCGACAUCGAGGAGCGCCUGGAGAAGAUCAGGGAGAGCCUGCACAGCCCCGGUGCCCCCCAGCCCCGCCGUGCCCGCGCGUGUGACCGUGCCCUGCGCUGGUGCGCGGCCGAGCUGGCACGGCCCGGCGGGCACCCUGCCCACGGCUGCCAGCUCACGGCCCUGGCCCUGGAGGCUGCCCAGCUGCACCUGAGGCUGCAGCCCGAGCCCCCCGAGCUGUACCUGGAGAGGAUCCUGUUCCACGUGCUGCGCAACGCCGCGCCCUGGGUGGGCCCGCCCGCCUGGGCCGUGGCCGAGCUGCUGCGGGCGCGGCUCCGCCACUGCCGCCGGCGCCACCGCGACUGGGCCGCCGUGGCCCGGGGCGCCUUCGGGGUGCUCUGGAGAUGUGCGGCCGCCAUGGCAGGGCCGGAACGGCCCCGGGAGGAGGGCAGGGCGGUGCUGACGGCCAGGAUCCGCGCCCUGCGCUUCCUGCUGCUGCUGGAGUCCCACCAGGAGCAGCUCUGCCCUCGGGAAUCCUUCCAGCCGCCGCUCUUCACCUCGCAGAGCGCCCAGCACGCCGCGGCCGCCGCCGCUCUCUACGAGGCUCAGAGAGCUCCGUGCCCGCUUUUCGUGGCCAAGCAGCUCCAGGAGUUGCUGCUGGACACGCUCAGGGAGGAAUCCCCAAAACCUCCAAGCCUCCAGGACUCCCUGUGCUUCCUGGAGCUCACCCUGGAGCGCUGCCGCCACCUCUGCAAGGCGCGGCGGCCCCGCGACGCUCUGGAGGCCCUGGAAGGUUCCAGAAGGUUCCUGGAGGGAGCUGGGAGUGCUCUGGGAGCCCCUCUGGAGCUGCUGGAGGCCGGCAUCCAGCUCAGCCAGGCCCUGCAGGCCAAGGCAGCGGGCGCCGUGGGGCCGGCGCUGAGGCGGGCGGGAGCGGCGCUGGCGGCGGAAUGUUCCGGAAGGUUCCUGAAGGUGCUGCUGGAGAGCUCCCAGUUGGUGCUGGGGCAGCUCGGGGAGGUGCUCAGGAGGGGCCGGGAGCUGCCCCUCGGCCUCCAGGAGCUGCCCGGCAUCUGCGGCUUCUGCCAGGGCCACGGGCGGGCGCUGCGGCGGCUGCUGGCACAGGUCCCUGCUGACUCCAUCAGGGAUCAGGUGGUGCUGACGCAGUUGCUGUUCCAGGGCCUCCAGCUCUUCUCCAACGCCAUCCAUGAAAUAUUCCAGCGCUGCCAGCCCUCGGAGGGGCCGGAGCUGGCCCAGGUGACCUCGAGCUGUGUCCAGAGCAUCACCUGGAUGCUGCAGGGGCUGCAGGGGCUGCCCGAGGCCGAGAGGGGCAAAUUCCUCGAUGUCACCGCCGCGGUCGCCGCCCGCCUGGGCCAGGCCCUGCAGAGCCGGAACGUUCCGGAAGCGGCCGGAGCCGUGUGCGAGCCCCUGUGCCGGGCAGUGCUGGAUGGGCACGGCUACAGCUGGGCUGGGGUCACCCCCGAGAGGCUCCACAGGUGUUUCCGGCUGCAGGUGCAGAGCUGGCGUUGCCAGGGGCGCCCAGAGCGGGCCCUGGACACGCUGGCACAGUGGCUGCUGGCCCUGGGGACGGGGUCCCAGGGCUCGGGGACCCCUUCCCAGGGUUUGGGGACCCCUUCCCAGCCCGUCCCAGGCCAGCCCAGCUCCCUGGUGGCCGAGCUGGUGGCGCUCUGGGCCAGGAUCAAGACGGAGGCGGCCAAACAGGGAGCGGAGGAGCUGAGGCUGAGGACCCUGCGGGACGCCCUGGAGUCGCAGUCCCAGCGCCAGCCCCCGUGUGGGGACGCGCUGCUGCAGCUGCUGCUGGCCGAGCUCCAGGCCUACAAAUGCCUGCGGGGCCCCACGGGGCCGGAGCGCUACAACGUGCUGUGCGACCUGCUGGGGCUGUGGGACCCCGAGGGCAGCUGGGACCCCCCGGGAGCGGGGGAGCCUGGGGGGAACCGGAGCCCCCCGGGAACGCCCGACCCCAACCGGAGCCUGCCCAGGGCGGUGGCGCUGCUGGAGCUGGGACAGCUCCUGUGCAACCACAGCUUCAGUGCUUACACCGAGUGCUCGGCCCUGGACGCCAUCCAGGAGUCCCUGAGGCUGCUGGAGUCGCUGGCCCAGAAUUCCCAAAUCUGCAAUUCCCAAAUGCGGGAUCAGCUCCUGGAUGAGCACGCCCAGGCCCUGCUCUGGCUCCACAUCUGCACCCUCGAGGCCCUCCUGGAAAAGAGCGUGGCCCGGGAUCGGCGGGGCCGGGAUCAGGAGCAGCCCCAGGGGGAGCCCGACGGGAUUCGCUGCAGCCUCGGCUCCGACCGCGCCCUGUGCAAGCCCCUGGACGAGGCCUUUUCCCUGUGGAAGAAGCUUCUGGAACAUCCCGGAGUCCCCUCCGUGCGCAGCCCCGAGCAGACCCUGAGCUCCCUGCAGCUCCUGGCAGCGCUCUACCGGCUCCAGGACAGGCCCCUGCAGGCCCUGCAGAGCUCGCGGCUGCUGCUGGCGCUGUGCCGGCGCCUCGGGGACGCGCCGGGGGCGGCCGAGGCCCUGAGCCGGAUCUGCGGGAGCCUCCUGGAGCUGGGGAGCGCGGGGCAGGCCCAGGUUUUCCUGGAGGAGCUGGAAUUUUGCCUGGAGGAGGACGAGGGCCCCGAGGAUUCCCGGCUGCUCCUGUGCCACUCCCGGCUCCUGCUGCGCAGCCAGCUCUGCUGCCUCCAGAAAAAGGCGGAUCAGGGCGUGCCCCUGCUGCUGCAGGCCCUGAGGGAGCCCCAGGCCCCCAGGCCCACCCGGAGCUGGUUCCUGGCCCAGGCCCAGGCCCUGCAGGUUCUGGCCUCGUUCCUGGAGCUGCCCCCGGCCCACCUGGAGGCGCCAACGCGGGAGCUGAUCCGGCGGCAGGGCUGGAGCAGCCCCCAGGUGGCCCUGCUGGAGGCGCAGAAGCUGCUCAGGAGCGUCCUGGUGUCCCUGAUGGGCAGCGAGGUCCUGGGCAGUGCCCGCGGGCGCCCGCCCGAGGAGCCCGGCCCCGACUGCGGCCCGGCGCUGGUGCACAAGUGGCAGGUGCUGGGGGACGCCCUGGGCUGCUGCCAGCGCCUGGUGACGCUGCUGGGCCACUGCGAGGUUCUGUGCAGGGCCAGGGCCUUCUGCGGCGAGGGGCUGACCAUGGCCGGACACCUGCAGGCCGCCCGCCGGUGUGCGUGGUUCCUGGUGCUGCAGUCCCAGCUGGAGCUGCAGCAGGGGGAGCUGGAGCUGAGCCAGUCCCACCUCCAGCACGCCCAGUUCCUGCUCCAGCCUCAGACUGACCCCAAACCCCUCCGGGAGCCCCGGCCCCGCCGGGCCAGGAUCCAGCUCCGGAAGGGCCCCCUGGACAGGAGGAAGGCCCUGGAGCCCGUUCCUGCCCCCGUUGCUGGCGGGGAUGAGGAUGAGGAGUUCCUGAAGGGCCCCUCGCUGGCCCUGCUGGCCCCGGCCGCGCUCCCGGAGCAGCCGGACGCCCUCACGGCCUCGCCGGAGCUGAAGGAGAGCAAAGCCUGGAAAAGUCUGGAAUUCCUGUCCCACCCCUCGGGCUGUCCCUGCUCCUUCUGCCGUGACCCUGCCCUGGUGGCCCUGGGGCUGCGCUGGCUCCUGGCACAGGCCAGGACGUGGUUGGUGGCCGGGGAGGUGGCACCGGGGCUGGCGCUGGUCAGGAGGGUGCUGCCGCGGUGUGCCAGCGCUGGCACCCGCCUGGCACGGGAGCUGUGGGGCGUGGGGCUUGGGGACACGGGCAGGGACAGGGACAGGAGUGUGCCAGACCCCUCUGGGGAUGGGGACAUGGUCAGGGAUGGAGACAGGAAUGUGUCAGACCCCUCUGGGAAUGGGGACACCAUCAGGGACAGGGACAGGAGUGUGUCAGACCCCUCUGGCAAUGGGGACAUCAUCAGGAAUGGGGACAGGAAUGUGUCAGACCCCUCUGGCAAUGGGGACAUCAGGGACAGGAGUGUGUCAGACCCCUCUGGGAAUGGGGACACCUUCAGGGAUAAGGGAAUUCCUGAGAAUGGGGACAGAAAUCAGCAGGACCCCUCCAGGAAUAAAAACCCCUCUGGGAAUGGGGACAUCAUCAAGGACAGGGACAUCCUUGGGGACAGGAGUGGGCAGGACCUCUCCAGGAAUGGGGACACCAUUGGGGACAGGGACCUGUGGGAUCCCUCCAGGGACAGAGACCCCUCUGGGGAUGGGGACACCAUCAGGGAUGGGGACACCAUCAGGAAUGGGGACCUUCCUGGGGUUGGGGACACCAUCGAGGUUGGGGACACCAUCAGGAAUGGGGACACCAUCAGGGAUGGGGACCCCCUUGGGGACAGAGACCCCUCUGGGAAUGGGGGCACCACCAGGAAUGGGGACACCAUCAGGGAUGGGGACCCUCCUGGGGAUGGGGACACCAUCAGGAAUGGGGACACCAUUGGGGACAGGGACCCCCUUGGGGACAGCACCCCGGGCCCCCUGGCUGAGCUGGUGGCCGCUGGCUACUCCGUGCUGGCCCUGCAGAGCCUGACCAGUCCCUCCCAGUGCCCCCCAGUUUGGGACGAGGAGCUGGAGCGGGGUCUGACCCUUUUGGGGUCCCUCAGCCCCCCCGUGGCCGGCCUGGGCGUGGCCGUGGCCACUCUGCUGCUGGCCAAAGCCGUGGCCACCCUCGGCCGCGUGGCCGCCGCCCUCGGUCACUCCAUGGACGAUGUCCUGGCCCAGGCCUGGACCCCCCGUCCCCCACCCACCCCCAACCCCACAAAACCCCAAAAAACCCCCAAAGCUCCCCCCAAAACCGGACCCCAAAAAGCCAAACCCCCCAAAACCAAGGCGGGGAAGACCCCAAAAGUGAAGCCCUCCAAAUUUGGGGACGUUUUCACCCUCGGAGACUCAGACCCCGAGGUUCCCCCCAUUGUCCUGAGACCAGGGGGGCCCUGCACCCCCCACCCCAAAUUGGGGGUGCCCCCAAAGGUGCUGCUGGGGGGGCCCGGGACCCCCUUCACCAUCUUCAGCGAGGAGCCCUCCCCGCCCGGGGGCCGCUCCCGAAUCCGCGGGGCCCCCAAAAUCCCAGCCAGGGUCAAGUCCCGCAUCCGGGUGACAUUCAGUGACAGCGACCCCGAGGAGCCCCAAAAUCCCCCAGAUCCCCCCAAAACCACCCAGAAAAGUUCCUGUGCCAAGAGGAGGAUUCAGCCCCAAAAAUCCCCCAGGAAUUCUCCAGGAAUUGGGGCUCGGACCCGGCGGGGGCGGCCCCGAAAGGAGCUGGGGACCCCCAAAAAGAGGGAAAAAAGGGGAAUUAAGCACGAGGAAAAUGUGGAAAAGAAGGAAAAUGACAUCCCCCAAACAGCUCUGGAAAAGAGGGAAAGGAGGGGAAACUCCAGAGGGGAAAAUGUGGAAAAAACGGGAAAUCCUAACAUGGAAAAUGUGGGAAAAACGGGAAAUCCUAACAUGGAAAAUGUGGAAAAAAUGGGAAAUCCUAACAAAGAAAACGUGGGGAAAAGGGGAAAUCCCAAAAUGGAAAAAACAGGAGAUCCCAAAAUGGAAAAUGUGGAAAAAAUGGAAAAUCCCACAAUGGAAAAUGUGGAAGAAGCAGGAAAUCCUAACAUGGAAAAUCUGGAGAAAAGAGGGAUCCCCAAAAUGAGAAAUGUGGAAAAAACAGGAAAUCCCAAAAUGGAAAAUGUGGAAAAACCAGGAAAUCCCAAAAUGGAAAAGGUGGGGAAAAGGGGAGAUCCCAAAAUGGAAAAAACGAGACAUCCCAAAAUGGAAAAUGCGGAAAAAAUGGAAAAUCCCAAAAUGGAAAAAAUGGAAAAUCCCAAAAUGGAAAAUGCGGGAAAAAGGGGAAACUCCAAAAUGGAAAAUGUGGAAAAGAAGGAGAAGGGAAAACCCAAAAAACCUCUGGAGAAGAAGGAGAACAGGGGUCCCCGCCGGGCUGGGGGUCCCCGGGAGAAGAAGGAGAGGGGGAAGCCCCAAAGUGGAAUUUUGGAGGAAAAGAGGAAUUGGGAAUUUUGUGGGAUUGAGGAGCGGGACCCGCUGAGGGCCGUGGAGGAGGAGGAGGAAGAGGAGGAAGAGGAAGAAAUGAGCUUCGAGCUCCCCCCGCUGCCCCCAGGUGGGGCCAGCGCGGAAAUGCCGGGAAUUGGGGACAAGGGGGACCCCCCAAAUCCAGAGGGACCCCAGCCCUGUGCCCGGCAUGGUGUCCCCUCACUGACCGCUGUCCGCUCGCUGCUGGCCGAGGCUCUGGCCUGGCUCGGCCGCUGUCCCCCCGGCUCUGUCUAUGCCCGGCUGUGCCAGCUGCUGGCGCUGGCGCUGGGGGACAGGGACCCGCUGGGCACGGCGGGGCUGCUGGCCGAGUCCCUGGGUGUCACCCUGCGCCACCAGCUGCUGGCCAUCGUCCACGCCCGGGCACGGAAGAAGAGGAAAGCAGCAGCAGCAGCAGCAGCAGCCGGAGGGGACAUCUCGGAUCAGCUCCGGGGCCUCUCCCUGGAUUCCCAGGAUUCCCAAAAUUCCCAGGAUUCCCAGGAUUCCCAGUCCCACCUGGCCGAGCUCGAGGAGCUUUUCCAGUUCAGCUCCGCGGGUUUGGGGCCGGCGCAGCGGGAGCGCUUCCGGGAGCAGCUCCAGAGGAUUCCCAGCGGUGUCACCGUGUGCCAGCUGUCCCUGGUCAGUGCCACCCCCGGUGCCCUCGGGGACACGCUGCUGCUGACGCGGCUGGAGCGCGGCCAGGAGCCCGUCAGCGUGCGCAUCGCCACCGAGCGCUGCCAGGCCCCCCUGAGCGGGAUCCUGCGGGAAUUCGAGCGGAUCCAGCAGGAGCAGCGCGAGGCCAACGCCUGCACCGAGCGCCAGCAGUGGUGGGAGCGGCGAUCCCGGCUGGACCUGCGCAUGCAGAGCCUGAUCCAGAGCCUGGACUCGGAGGUUUUGGGGUGCUGGCGGGGGCUGCUGCUGCCCCGGGAUCCUGAGAAUUCCCCCUUGGAUGAGCAGGAAUUGUCCCGACUGCUCCAGGAGCUCCAGGAAUGCGGCUGGGAGCGCCCCGAGCCCGCCCUGCUCCGGGUGCUGCUGUCCGUGCUGUCCCCGGCCGAUGCCCGCGCUGUGGCCGCUGCCCUGUGCCCGGCCCGGCCGCUGCGGGCGCGGCUGCUCCUGGACGAGGCCCUGGAGCGGCGCCGGGAGAGCGCCGGGGGCAGCGCGGGGUCCCUGGUGCUGCUGCUGGACAGGCACCUGCAGCGCCUGCCCUGGGAGAGCUCCGGGACCCUGCGGAACGUCCCGGUGACGCGGCUGCCGGGGCUGCGCUUCCUGCUGCGAUAUGGGCUGGGACAGCGCUCGGGGUCGGUGCUGAGCCGGGGCGUGAACCCCAAAAACGCCUUCUACGUUCUGAACCCCCAGCGCGACCUGGGCGGCACCGAGGAGCGGUUCCGGGCCUGGUUCGAGAGCGAGCCCGGCUGGCGCGGGGUCUCGGGGGCGGCGCCGACCCCGCAGCAGCUGCAGGAGGCGCUGGGGGAGCGCGACCUCUACAUCUACGCCGGUCACGGGGCCGGGGCGCGGCUCCUGGACGGGCAGAGCCUCGCCCGCCUGCCCUGCCGGGCCGUGGUUUUGCUCUUUGGCUGCUCCAGCGCCGCCCUGGCCCCGCGGGGAGCGCUCGAGCCCUCGGGCACCGUGCUCAAGUUCGUCCUGGCCGGGUGCCCGCUGGUGCUGGGGAACCUGUGGGACGUCACCGACCGGGACCUGGACCGGCUGGCGCAGGCGCUGCUGCGGGGGUGGCUGGGGGGGGGCCCCGGGACCCCCCUUUUGGGGCAGCUGGCCCAGGCCCGCCAGGCCCCCCGCCUCAAAUGGCUCAUCGGGGCCGCGCCCGUGGCCUACGGGCUGCCCGUCAGCCUCUGCUGAGGGGCCGGGGGAGUUUGGGGUUCCCUCAUGGCCGGGAGUGAGGGUUUGGGGUCCCUUUGUCACCUUUGGGGUUCCCCCCAUUGCUGGGAGUGAGGG